GCACGGACGCUUAGUUUUUAAAUUACACUCAGGCGCCACACUGGCAGCCUCGCCCCCCUCUCCCCUCAGGAAACAGGGGUCCUUCGAUGAGAUGAAGCAGAUGAGUCGGAUCGUAAAACUCAACAAACAGUAAACAUCACCAAGUCCAUGUGAGGAGAGGGACGUCCCAGGAUCCACCAUGGGUGACGCGGAGCUGGAGCUAUCCCCCUCCCCCCCAGAGGCAGAGCCCUCCCCUGUGCAGCCCUCCCCUCCCUCCCCCACGCCCUCGCCCUCCCCCUCGCCCUCCCCGUCCAUCUCCAUCACCUCCUCCCCGUCCCUCUCCCUGCCCUCCACACCGUCCUCAGGCCCCCACCACCACGGCCUUCGCCGGAGCCCCAGCCCCAGCGAGGGCCACGGGGGGCCCAGCCCCGCCCUGGACGUCAUCUCGGAGGGCAUGGGGGAGCUGACGCUGGUCAUCGACCCCGAGGUGGCCAAGCGGGCGUGCCAGGAGGUGCUGCUGAAGGUGAAGCAGCAGCAGCAGCAGGGGGUGGAGGAGGGCGCCGAGGUCCCGGACCCCCACGCCGCCUCCACCGCCGCCACGACGACCACCACCACCACGACGACCACGACAUCGGAGCAGGGCCUCCCCAACGGCGACCUCGGCGGCCCCGGGACCCCCGGCGCGGUGACGGGCGGCGGCGUCUGCGGCGUGGGGGUCAAGGCCCCCCUCAUCCGGGAGGAGGAGGACCCCUCGUCGGCGGCCAAGAGCGCCCGACGGCGGCAGCGGCACAACCCGUCGAAGCAGUCGUGGCUGCUGCGGCUGUUUGAGUCCAAGCUGUUCGACGUCUCCAUGGCGAUCUCCUACCUGCACAACUCCAAGGAGCCCGGGGUGCAGGCGUACAUCGGCAACCGGCUCUUCAGCUUCCCGCACGAGGACGUGGACUUCUACCUGCCCCAGCUGCUCAACAUGUACGUGCACAUGGACGAGGACGUGGGUGACGCCAUCAAGCCCUACGUGGUCCACCGCUGUCGGCAGAGCAUCUCCUUCUCCCUGCAGUGUGCGUGGCUGCUGGGCGCCUACUCCUCGGACAUGCACAUCUCCACGCAGAGGCACUCCCGCGGCACCAAGCUGCGCAAGCUCAUCCUGUCCGACGAGCUGAAGCCGGCCGGGGCUCGGGCGCGCCGCGACCCACCCACCCUGUCCCUGUUCUGCCCCUCGGCCAAGCCCCUCCACGGGGCGCUGGCGGCGGGGGGGGGGCUGGCGGGGGGGCUGGGGGCGCUGGGCGGCGAGCACAGCCUGUCGCCCUCCAAGCGCACCCACCAGCGCUCCAAGUCGGACGCCACGGUCAGCGUGAGCCUCAGCAGCAACCUGAAGAGGACGUCCAGCAACCCCCGGGUGGAGAACAACCAGGAGGAGGUAAGAGGUCCAUCAGCGCCGUCUGGAGGUCGUCAGCGCCGUCUAGAGGUCGUCAGCGCCGUCUAGAGGUCAUCACUGCCGUCUAGAGGUCAUCAGCGCCGUCUAGAGCGUUAGAGAGCCACAAGAAGGAGGUCAUCACCAUCUAGAGCGUUAGAGAGCCACAAGAAGGAGGUCAUCACCAUCUAGAGC